AUGACUGAAAUGAGGAAAUCAAACAGCAUUUCUUAUUUACCAGUCCAUCAAAUGCCAACUCAAUAUCGUGAACCUUAUAUUUUAACUGGUUAUCGUGAACCAUGCUCUACUUGCAAGAGCUGCUUAAGAUCGUUAAUUCGAGCUAGCAACGAAACUUUAAAUGUUUGGACGCAUUUCCUACCAAUUAUUUACUUUUUGAAUAGAGCCAUUCAAUUCUAUUCAAAUAAUGAUAGCGGCUGUUUCGAAUUUCAAUAUUAUCCUUUCAUGCCAAAUUACAUUGGCAUUAUAUUCUAUCAUUUGGCCAGCAGUAUUGCACACUUGUUUUGUUCAAUGUCCAUAAAAUAUCGUCAUACAUGUUUCUACAUCGACUAUUCUGGUAUUUGUAUUUAUGCUAUGGGUGCUGGAAUUACUUACUAUAAUCUAUACGUAUUACCAAACGCGCCGACCAAUAAUUACCCAUUGUCACAAAUUGCCUUCACGAUAUUAUCAUUUGGUGUAUCUUUAAGUGUUUGUUUAGUAUCGUGUAUUUCAAGACAUUAUUGGAGGUCAACAGGAGCGGUCAUAAGAACAGGAGCUUUUGCAAUUAACUUAAUAUUCAAUACAAGUCCAAGCUUGUGGCUCUUUUGGCAAAAUCAAUUGCCUUCAGCAACUCAUCUUGUUCGCCAAUGGUCGUGGUAUGUAGCAGCAAUUACCGCUUAUGUUUUCAAAAUUCCUGAGAAAUUUGCUCCUGGAAAAUUUGAUGUCAUUGGUCAUAGCCAUCAAUGGUUUCAUGUAUUUUUAAGUUUAGGAACUGUGGAGCAAAUAAAUUCUUUGGAAUUUGAUGUAAAUGCAUGUAGGCCAAAGUACAUGCCGUCUGAUGCGCCAAGUUUCUUUAUAACCAUUGGAUCAAUGAUGCUUGCAAUUCUUUUGAAUGCAUUGAUAGUUAGUAUUUGUAGCUACAAACUAGCUAGGCAUGCCAAAAUGGAUUAA